AUGUCUCACCAGCACAGAUCCACUUCCGGAACGUUGGCGCGCUCACAAUCCCCCGCACCGAAGAAGCACCACCGUCACCGCGAUACGCGCUCGCGCUCCCCAGACAGAAGAAGUGACCGAGACCGAGAUAGACAAGACCAGCGUCACCACCACCGCCACCACCGGCACCGACAUCACGGACGCCAUGGACGCCACGAGCGACACGAGGCAAACGAGACACACACAAGGCAGGGCCCUUCUAUCCCCGUGGCUCCGGUAGUGCUCCCCUACCAAGCACGGGAGCUCUCAAAGCGCGAUCUGGAGCGGUAUGAGCCUUUGUUCGGCAUGUACCUGGACAUCCAAAAGGGUAUUCUGCUAGAAGAACUGCCAGAGGACGAGGUGAAGGGGCGAUGGAAGAGCUUCAUUCAUAAAUGGAACCGUGGAGAACUCGCCGAAGGAUGGUACGAUCCUAGCAUGUUGGAAAAAGCCAACCAAAACGCGUUGCUACCGCCAUCACAUACCACUGCGAAUCAGCCGCGACAUGAUUCACCUCUUCCGGACCCGGAUCAUGAAUCGCAACAUGCGCCGGCUGGGAACGAGGAUCCUGAUGAAGAUUACGGGCCCAUGCUACCUAGUGAAGGCGCGUAUCGCCCUGCACAGUCGUCUGGCCCGACGAUCCCGAAUUUGCAGGACCUCCAACUACAAAGGGAACUCGCCGCGUCAGACGCCAUCGCCGCCCGAGAGGAAUCAUACAAGCAGGACCGCGCCGAAUUCCGUGCCCACAAAUCCGAGAUUCGUAAUAUCCAAGACGAGAUCGCCCCGCGUGCAGAACCGGGCACCCACGAGCGACGCCUUGAGAAACGCCGUGAAGCCGCCGCCGCCAACAAGGCGUUCGCCGAGUCCCGCCGCGGUGGCUCGCCGACCGACGCGGCCCCGGACGACGAACUAAUGGGCUCCGGAGAGAACGAUCUGGACCAGAUAAAGAAGGCACAGGAAAAGGAGAGCCGCAAGAAGAACGAACGGGAAAUCCGCCGAGAGGAGAUUCUGCGGGCCCGCGCUGCUGAGCGCGAGGAACGACUGCAAAAGUACCGCCAGAAAGAAGAAGAGACUAUCGGCUGGCUGAAAACACUCGCAAAACAAAGAUUCGGCUGA